AUGAAGUUGGAUCCACCCGAAGGAAUGGAUGAAAUUACUUUUAUUAAAUUAUCCUUGAUUGAAAAAAAAUGUCAAAUUUGUAAAAAUGAUCAGGAGAUACCAAAAAUUUAUUGGGUUUUUCGGGUUAGACUUUGUACAAAAUGCUUUAGAACUAGAGUUACGAUAGCUGAUACUAUUCCCGUGUGGCCAAGGGACGCGAUUGAUUUAUCGUUGAUUUUACCUUAUGAAUAUUUAGUUACAUCACGUAAUAUUAAAAAGUGUGUAUAUUGGAAUUCUGAAUUAAUUUCAACACUUCAAGAAUGUCUUUUGAUUCCAGACAAAGAAAUUGGUGAUUGGAUUUUUCAUAAACAAACCAUCACAAAUAAAAAGAUUGAAGAUUCUUUAAAACGUACUAAAAAUGAUGAGAAUAGAAUAAAUUGGUUACUUAAAAAGAAAAAAGAUUAUUUAGAUCAAAUAGUUAAAACACUUGAAAGUAUUAAAGACGAUACUGGUAAAAAAAUUUAUAUUAAGAAACAUAUUUUAUCUCAACCUAUAUAUAAAAAAGCUCAUUCUACAUUAAAUACUCCUUUUAUGGAUACUGGUCCUUGGCCAAAUUUAUUGGAAAAAUUAAAAAAUGAAUAUUAUGAAAAUAUAAUAAUAAAACAACGUCGAAAAU